GGACCGUCCGCAGUUCAAUCGUUCACUUCAUCAGCUACACUUCUCCGUUACUACCAACUCACAACACUAAAAUGAAGACUUUGUUGUUUUUGACUCUGCUCGGCCUUGCUUUAGCAGCACCAACACCGGACUUUGACGAUGACUUCGAUGACGAUGACGCAGUUGGAGUCCGUUCGGGGUUCAGGAGUGGAGCCUACUUUGCUGAUGGUGACGACGACGACGACGAUGAUGAUGUCCGCACUGUGGUGACAUCAUACGCCGCACCGGUUGUUCCAUCAGCUCCAGUGGUGUCAUCACACAUCACACCAGUUGUCUCAUCUGGAUCAAUCUUCUACUCCGGUGCUAGCAGCGCAGCUGUCUCCCCCGUAUCGAACGCCUACACUGGUGGCUUCUAUUCGUCCUACGACGACGAUGAUGAUGACGACGACGUCAAGUUCGUGUCGGUAGGCAGGACUCCCGUCGUCCAGACGGUCUCUGUCCAACAACCCCAGGCUGUCCAGACGUACUCUGUCCAACAGCCCCAGGCUGUCCAGACGUUCUCCGUCCAACAACCCCAGGCUGUCCAGACGUUCGUCCAACAACCCCAGGCUGUCCAGACGUACUCCGUCCAACAACCCCAGGCUGUCCAGACGUUCUCCGUCCAACAACCCCAGGCUGUCCAGGCAUACUCCGUCCAACAGCCCCAGACGUACUCCGUCCAACAACCCCAGGACGUCGAGACAUUCUCCUUCCAAAACCCACAAGUGGUCCAUGCCUCCGAGUCUUACACAGCCCCCGCCAUCGCAGUUGCUCAGCCUGUCGGCUUCUCAUUCGGAGCCGCGCAGCCAAGUGUUCAGACCUACUCAUCAUCUGCCGUGGUGGCGCCUUCAGUGCAAACCUUUAGUGCACCUAUCCCCGUCUCCUACAGCGCCCCAUCUGUUGCCAGGACUUUCUUCACGCCCACUGUUUCUCAUGUUGCUGCACCUGCCAAGGUCUACAGCCAAAGCUACUACUCAGUGCCUACCUUCAGGAGCUACGGGUCUCCAAUCGUCCAGCGCUACGACUUCGAUGAUGAUGAUGACUAAGCUGCAUGUUCCCUACAAGCUCGCUGAGCUUAAUAUUUGUUCCCUCGUUAUUAUAUAAAAUAUAUACUUA